AUGCUGCUUUCAUUACGUGAUAAACUUUCUGAUUCUGAUUUCGAUGAUUUCUUCGCAGAUCCUUUUGGAUUCAACACCGGGAGAAGUCAAGGAGACGGAACUCUCGUUCCAUUAUUUGGUGGGUUUGGAGAAGACAGUUUGGUUCCGAAAGAUAAGCUGUUCUUGGGUUUCAGCGACAAUCUUGAUGUGAAAGAAGAGCCGGAUAAGUAUGUUCUCAGUCUCAAGGGUGCCCUGCUCGAAGGUACCAACUACAAGGUUGACUAUGUCAAAGAUAAGAACGAGCUUGUGGUAUCUACAGUCCGCAAUGUGACUCACAAGGAUGAUCAUGGCUCAUCAUCGACUCACUCGUCUUCUCAGAGGACCGUAAAAUUUGAUAAGCCAAUAAAAUUUGAUAGCGUCAAAGCUGAUACCACAAAUGGUGGCCUCUUGGUUACUGCUCCAAAAGUCAAGGCAGACAAAUAA